CACAUGGAUUACAUUCAGUGGUCCAUAAAAAUAUUUUUUGUUUGGCUAGGUCUGCGCCAAUGUUCACUUGGCCUUCUCUAGGCAGCUAAAAAUACCUGGCAAUGCAAACCUGGCAAAAUGUAUAAAUAGUGCCGAGUUUUUUAUUAUCGCUGCUCGCCGAAAUGCUCGCAGCAUGUGCGUCCCACAGUCGAACGGGAACAUUGUCACCAUGAACAACACCUAAGCGAAUGGAUAUCCCGUCCGAAACCAUCCCAACAUGCGGCGUGCGGCAACACCGCUCCGGAAUAACAACAAUCUCCGACAUGAUGAGGACGAAAGCGACGAGGACGCGGACAUUCCGCUCACGGUCCUGGAGUUGAGUGCACCGCCAUCACCGCAGAUACAUCAAGUGGACGCUGGAAAUGAAGAUGGAGAGAAACCACGCAACGGGAAUCAGUCGCCAUCCGUGUCGAUACAUGUAAUCGACGAGGGUGGCGAGAAUGGCAAAGACGUGCCGGAGAAACUUCCACCACCGCGAAAGCAAAGCGACGAUAAUGACACUUCGUGGCAGAAGAUCAAGAAGAAAACCUCACCUGUGGUCAACGCAUCAGUCGUGUUGAUGUAUCUGGUGAUGUCAUCAAUGUUCGUCUUUGGCUGGGUCAGUCUUAAUAGCUGCACGGUGAAUCCCUGGAUUCCGGUUUAUCUCAUCGUCGCAGGUUCAACAGGUAUCCUCACCAAGGCGCUCAUCCGCACGAGGAACAAAUAUCUCUUCAACGUCGUUAUCCUGCUGGUUUUAUUCGACUUGUGUUGGCAGGCGUUCGGUUCCUACAUGGUUUAUUCUGAAUACCAGCCUAAUUAUGAUGCUGGUAACGGACAGCCGUAUUGUCAUCGUGUUGCCUAUCUACUAGCCUUCUGGAUCAUCACCAUAGUGUAUUCUCUGAUUGGAUUAUUUAUUUUAUUAUCGUGUUGUUACUUUUUGAUGCGGAACACUUUUCGAAAAACGUGAUGCACGGCGAAACAAAAGACAAUUUGCAUUUAUGUGCGCUUUAAAAGUUUCCACAACGUGUUAAGUAGUCGCUACAACAUAACCUACAAUUGCAACGCGUUGGGUGUUUAGGGUUAGGCGAGGAUGCCCAAGAAGAAUGCGGCCGAGUAAAAAUGUAAAUGAUUAAACCUCGCGCGUAUGAAUUCGAAUCACCGGAGCGUGAGGUUUUCGUUCUCUCCCAGGCGCCCGGAUUUAAUGAAACAUGGACCCGUGCGCAAUUCCCAUUCCGGAGUGAAAUUCAACGAGAAAGUGUCAGUGGCAAGGCAGAAAAUGCGAAAAAGCUACAAACACAUCAGUGACGGACUUGAAAUAAAUUACUCUACAUGCAGUAAUAAAAAGAUAACCUUAAA